AAACAGUCAGCCUUGGGUUGUUUAUUACUUUUUGUUACUCAAUACAAAAGUUUACUUUUGUUUGUUUAGUAGUUAAUCAUGAUUGCACUGUUUCUGUUCUCCUUAGCACUAUUACAACAAAUUUCAGCACAAUGCACUACUGGAAAUUGUAUGACUGUAAAAGAAUCAAAAUUUGAUUCAAAUGUUAAAGCAAGCUAUUUUUUAGUGAAUAAUAUGAAUGAUUUGAAUAAUUUUAAUAGUGGUUUUUAUUCUAAUUUCAAUCAUUUUGGAUCGGUUAGUUCUACAACUUCAACAUAUACUGGGAAUCCACCAAUAAAAACAAAACCAAAAGUAUCCCAAAAUGCUUUUAGUCCACUUAACUAUACUUACCCAUGUGGUGUAAAUGGUAAAGGAAAACAAUCUAGUGUUAGCAAUAAUCGAGUUGUUGGGGGAAGUAAUUCAGACCCAGGUGAAUUUCCAUGGCAAAUAUCCUUACAAUUAAUCACUGGAUGGACAGCUAGACAUAUAUGUGGUGGUGCAGUGAUAAAUGAAAAUUGGGUAGCUACUGCAGCCCAUUGUGUUAAUGGUUUGUCAGAAAAUAUACUUUCUGUUGUAGCUGGCAAACGUAAUCUUUACACUGAUGAAAGCUCUGAACAAAGAGUUAAAGUGGUAGAUGUAUAUUUAAACGGUUAUAAUAGAAAAAAGUUUUCAAAAGACAUAGCAUUACUAAAAGUAUCACCAGCAUUGAAGUUUGAUGGUGCAACAGUAUCUCCAAUAUGUAUACCUAAUUCUGGUAUGCAAUUCAAUUCUGAUUCAGCAGUGGUAACAGGUUGGGGUCGUGUAUCAGAAAGUGGAGCUUUUGCUCACAUAUUGCAAAAAGUUGAUGUACCAUUAAUACCAUUAGACACAUGUUUACAAAAAUAUAAAGAAGCUGGCUAUAGUAGUUAUGUUAGUAAGUGUGUAAUCUGUGGUGGAGGAUCAAGAUAUAAUCAAGCAGACUCCUGUCAGGGUGAUUCAGGUGGACCUUUAUCUUGUUUGGGGAUGGACAAUCGUUUUUACCUUUGUGGUAUUGUUAGCUGGGGACUAGGAUGUGCAAGACCUAAAUACCCUGGAGUCUACACUGCAGUGUCUUGUUACUCAGACUGGAUAGAGCAAACCAUCAAUAAUGAAUAAUUGUUUUUUAAUGUUCAAAAAUUUAUCAACAUUAUAUACAUUAAAAUCAUAUUUUUUCAACAAAGUAAACUAAGUAUAUAUUUAAUUAUUUAAAUUAACUAAAUUUUUUUUAAAUAAUAUAUAUGUAUAUUUUACCAUCUCAUUUUGUAAAAACAUUAUAUAUGAUUUUAUUAGUAAUAUUAUAUAGAUGAUGAGUCAUUA